AGUUGCAGUUUAUUCGCCGCUUCGAACGUUUGUCAAGUCUCCCGAAAAUUUGAUAUUAAAUUUUUAUAUACAUAUGUUUGACUUAAGAAAACUUUUGUAAUACACUUACUUAAGUAAAAGAAAGUUUUAAAGUAGUUCUACAGCUAUUGAUAUGUAAAUUUACAAAUGUUCUGGACUCAAACUCUUCUUUUGUUUAUGUACCUGACUAUUGACGUGAAUUCGAAAGUACAAAACAUCAAGAUCGGAAUAAUUCACCCAAAGAAAUCAGAUAUUAAGGCUUGUUCUCAUUAUAUUAAAGUUACGGCUGCAAUAAAUAUUGCAGUGAAUACUGUAAAUCAAAUAUAUAAGGAUGUUUUCGCCAUUGAACCUUUUUUUAAAGACUCAGAAUGCAAGGAUACUACGGGAAUAUUUUGUGCUAUGGAUUUUUAUAAUAUUGAUAAAGUUCACGUUUUUUUUGGACCUUGUUGUAAAUUUGCCCUAUCAACUGUAGCCCGCCUGAAUGGCGAACGUUGGCAGUUACCCCUCAUUUCUCUCGGCGGAUGGAAUGAUGCAUUUUUAGUGAAGGAUGCAUUCUUUCCCCUUCUAACAAGGGCUAUGGGAACAUUCUCAGAUACGACUUACUUUUUGAAAGCCAUUUUAGAUAAUUUCAAUUACAAGCAUGUAACCUUUAUGUAUCAUGAUAACUAUAUAACAAAAUAUAACGGACAGUCAACUUGCUCUGAUUUAGCAUCUUCUUUUGGAUGGAAACAUAGAGAAGUAAUGAAAAUAAACUUCCAGAUGUUUGAUGAGUUUGAGAACAUUACGGUCCUGGAUGACAUAUUUGGUACUAUUCUGCAAGAGAAAGUUCGACCAAACUCCAGAGGUUGGGGUGUUUUACAUUUAAGUGGUCAAACAACUAAUGAUUUAAUCAUAUUUGGAUUUCUAACUAUAAAUUUAUAG